AUGAUAUUUGCAUGCACAACCUUGAUACAAUUAGUUGUAAGCAACAAUGUUGAAGAAAUUCAUAUUGAUGCAACAUUUAAGGUUGUUCCGUCAAAUAUGGGAAGGCAAAUGUUAAGCAUUCAUUGCAUGAUAGGGAACCAUUCCAUACCCAUUGUGUAUUGCCUCAUGGAGGCUAAAUCCAGAAAUGCUUACAACAGUGUUUUUAGUUUUUUUUAA